AGCAAAAAGAACUCCAUCGUUUUGAGAACCCAGCUAUCAGUUAGAGUUCACACUAUAAUUGAAAAAUUGCUUACAUCCGAGGGCCGAGAAUUACGACGAGCAUUAUUUUCACUUAAGCAAAUUUUCCAGGAAGAUAAGGAUCUAGUUCACGAAUUCGUACAAAACGACGGUUUAUCAUGUCUAAUCAAAGUGGGAUCGGAAGCCGACCAAAACUAUCAAAAUUACAUUUUAAGAGCUUUGGGUCAAGUCAUGCUCUACGUAGAUGGCAUGAACGGUGUUAUGGAACACAACCAAACCAUUCAGUGGUUGUACAGUUUAAUAUCCUCCAAAUUUAGACUGGUAGUUAAAACAGCCCUUAAACUUCUACUAGUUUUUGUUGAAUACACAGAUUCAAAUUGUCUACUUCUGAUAAAAGCCAUCCAUACAGUAGACUACUCGCAGGGUGUUCUUCCUUACCACAAUAUUAUGAAACUUCUUAAAGACUUCGAUUCGGCCGAUACUGAAUUGCUGAUUUACGCUAUGACUUUGAUCAACAAAAUUUUGGGAGGUGUACCAGAUCAAGAUACGUAUUAUGACCAAAGCGAUGCUCUUGAGGAGCAAGGUAUUGAAACUGUUAUCCAAAGGUACAUGUCCAAACCCGGAACCGAUUUGGACCUCCUUCAACAGUUCCAAAUCUACGAAGCAGUAUUACAAUACGAAGACGGCGAUGAAGGAAUGACACCUGUACGACAUUUAGAUGAGAAUAUUAGAAAAACGAUUAGAAACAGAAAGUCGGUGUGUGAUUCUGGUGACAGGAGGAAGAGUAGGAGACAUUCUACAGGAAACACACCAACUCGACCUAGUUUGUUAAGAAAUAAUAUCAAUAAUAAUUUGAUCCUCCAAACCAAUAGGGAAGACGAAGAUGACGAGUCUUCUAGUUCCCAAUCCUCUAGUAUUAACAACACGCAACUCAAUGGUAGUUACAAGGAUAGUAAUAAAGCGUUUGAAGCUGGUGUGACUCCUGCUUUGAAAAGGCGGCGCGAGCGCGCAGAGCGACAAAGAAGCUUCUUGAAGGAACAAGAAUCGACGGGAUUCUUCAGAAACUGCCUUCUUCAUGAGGGAAAGAAUGAAAAUGAAAACGGUAAUUAUCCAUUCCAACAGAGGAUAGGUAAUGGCAACGGAGUGAUCAGGAACACCAGCCGGAAGGACUUGACACCCUUAAUGAACGCCGUGAACAAAUUAGAUUCCGAAGAAAAACAACCAUGGAUGUAUUCGAUAAUUCAAAACCAAGAAAACAUCGAAGAUCAAAAACACACGAACGAAAACGAUCGAAACGUCUUAAUACAGCUACAGCGCGAAAAUACCGUCAAAGAUAUAACUCAAAAACUAGCUAACCAAAACAUCAUCCAUAGCCCCACAGAAGAAAAUAAAAUAAACCGAAUUGGCGAUAUGUCUGGUUUAAUUUCGAAAGCAAAAGAAGGCUUAGCUAAGUCCAAGUCUAAAGCAGAUGUCCUGAAGAGUCCUACUAGCGAGAAUGUACCAAAGAUGGAAAUUAAGAAAUCUGAGAACGAACUCAGAUGGGAAGAAUUAAUAGCAAAUUUAAACAGGUCUCUGAAUUUGUGUGAUAUGGAUUUUACUGAUUUAGGAAGCGAUGACGAAGUAGAUAUUUUGGCACCGGUUGCUGUAAUUAAUGGAAUACCUCCACCCCCACCCCCACUAGCGAAUAUGUGUGGAAACGCUCCACCUCCCCCUCCCCCAUCGAAUAGGAUAAUACCCCCACCUGCAGCUCCCACUCCGCCUCUGUUUUGUCUACAAAGACCAAACAGGACAACGGAGACUAAGAUACCCAUUAAGAAAAACAAGAAAACUGUCAAGUUGUUCUGGAAGGAAGUCCGGGAUGAUCCGAUUAGCCACCUUAAAUUGAAGACGGGAUUUAUUUGGGAUGAAUUAAAUCCUGUUUGUGUGGAUACGCAGAAGUUGGAGCAUCUCUUUGAGUCAAGGGCUAAAGAUCUCAUUACUAAAAAACAACAGGAAAUGAACAAAAAUAAGGAAAUAAUAGUACUGGACCCUAAACGAUCUAACGCCAUCAACAUUGGUAUGACGAAAUUACCUCCACCACGUUCCAUCAAAACAGCCAUAUUGAAAAUGGACGCGACAAUAAUGAACCGUGAGGGAAUAGAAAAACUGCUAACGAUGUUACCAACUGAAGAAGAGAGGACGAAAAUCCAAGAAGCUCAAGCUUCUAACCCAGAUAUUCCGCUAGGUAGUGCUGAACAGUUUCUUCUCACAUUAGCCUCAAUUUCCGAAUUACCUGCCAGGCUUAAACUGUGGGCUUUUAAGUUGGAUUUUGAAAACUCAGAACGGGAAAUUGCCGAGCCGUUAAUGGAUUUAAAGCAAGGAUUUGAAGUGCUGCGUGUAAAUAAAACAUUUAGGGGAAUUUUAAGUACUUUACUGUCUAUUGGUAACUUCUUGAAUGGGAACGAAGUUAAAGGGUUUCAGAUUGAAUACCUUGCCAAAGUACCUGAAGUUAAAGAUACUGUUCAUAAGCAUUCGUUGUUGCAUCAUCUUUGCCAUAUUGUGAUGGAGAAAUUUCCAGAUGCCACCGAUUUAUAUUCAGAGAUUGGGGCCAUAACACGAGCGUCAAAAAUAGACUUCGACGAGCUCGCCCUCAAUAUUCAAAGACUGGAAUCCGAUUGCAAGGCCUCCUGGGAUCACUUGAAACUAAUUGCUAAGCACGAUGGAUCGACAAUGAUGAAAGUCAAGAUGUCUGACUUCUUGUCGGAUUGCGCCGAAAGAAUUAUCCUUUUGGGAAUUGUUCACAGGAGAAUUAUGAAUAGGUUUCAUAAGUUUUUACUUUGGUUGGGGAUCCCCCUGCAUCAGAUCGCUGACACUAAACCAAAUGAGUUUUGUAGAGUGGUUUCAGAAUUCGCAUUAGAAUACAGGACUACUAGGGAACGGGUUUUGCAGCAGCUAGAAAAAAAAGCCAAUCACAGAGAGAGGAACAAGACAAGAGGAAAAAUGAUAACAGAGGUAGGAAAAUUCAGAACGAAAGAAGACAGAGCCGAUGCUGAACUUCGUCAACUCCUAGGCAGCGAUAUGUCCGAUGUAGAGAGUUUACAAGGCACGUUGCCUUGGAGAAGGACAAGAAGAGAAAGUAACCGAUCAUUUUUAAGUCCAGGAAAUGGAAAUUUGACAGACGGAGAUGACGAACUGCUUGAGAGCUUAGUUAAAAACGCGACCAAAGGACCCUCCACCAGAACAGCUCCGAGGGAGAGGAAGAGAACAAGGCAUGCUGACAGAAAAUCUCUUCGCAGAACUCUGAAAAAUGGUUUAUCAGAAGAGGAGAAGAAACACCUGUCAGCAUACAUCAAAGGGUAUUAA